AAAUGUGGAACCGACAAACCGCGUUCUAGCGUUCCAACUUCCAACCAAAACCAGCGAGUGAAACUCAGGUCCGACUUCGAAUUUAGAAACAAACACAAGUAGGGAAGGGUUAACAACUGGAAGAGUAGAAGAAGAAUCAGGUGGCUUGGAUUCGAAUAAUGGCGGUGGCGGUCCGGGGCGGCCGAGGCAGCAGCAUCGGCGGAGGAUCUGGUGCCGGAUCCACCUUUCGUAACUUCUUCUCUUAUAGAGUCUUCGUCUCCGCCAUGUUUACCCUCCUCUUCCUCGCCACUCUCUCCGUCCUCUUCUCCUCUCACCCCUCCCAUCACGACGACGACGACUCCGUGAUUUUGACGAGCGGGAACGCCUACGUGCAAAGAACAUUUCUAGCGUUAAUCGACCCAUUAAAGACUAGGGUAGAUAUGAUAUACAGGCAAGCUAAUGAUCACAUUGCCCUUGUAAAUGCCUAUGCUGCUUAUGCUAGGAAUCUCAAGCUGGAGAUCUCUAAGCUUAAGAUGUUUGAUGAUUUAGCUAAUAAUUUUGCCGAGCUUCAACUGAAGCCCAAUUAUAGGAAUGCUUUGUUUGAAUCGGAUGGACCCAUAGACGAGGAUGUCUUGAGACAGUUUGAGAAAGAGGUUAAGGAUAAGAUUAAGGUUGCUAGGUCCAUGAUUGCCGAGUCAAAAGAGUCGUAUGAUAAUCAAUUGAAGAUUCAGAAGUUGAAGGAUAUUUUUGCUGUCAAUGAGCUGCUUGUCAAGGCUAAGAAGAAUGGUGCUUUUACUAGCUUGAUCGCUGCUAAGUCAACUCCCAAGAGCUUGCAUUGUGUUGCCAUGCGGCUCAUGGAAGAGAGAAUUGCGCACCCAGAUAAUUAUGUGGAUGAGGACCCAAAGCCCGAGUUUGAGGACCCUACCUUGUAUCAUUACAUAUUCUCGGAUAAUGUGAUUGCCGUAUCUGUGGUGGUUAAUUCGGCUGUGAAGAAUGCAAAGGAACCAUGGAAACAUGUCUUCCAUGUGGUUACAGAUAAGAUGAAUGUGGCUGCGAUGAAGGUUGGUUUAAGUGAGGCGGUUGAAGGAGGUGUGCACGUGGAGAUCAAGUCUGUAGAGGAUUUUCCAUUCUUGAACUCAUCAUAUGUCCCGGUGCUAAGGCAACUUGAAUCAGCAAAUCUGCAGAAGUUUUACUUUGAGAACAGUGCAGAAAAUGCAACAAAAGAUGUGAACAACAUGAAAUUUAGGAACCCUAAGUACUUGUCGAUGUUGAAUCACCUUCGAUUUUACUUGCCAGAGAUGUAUCCCAAACUGCACCGGAUUUUGUUUUUGGAUGACGAUGUCGUAGUACAGAAGGAUUUGACUGCGUUGUGGAGAAUUGAUAUGGAUGGCAAGGUAAAUGGGGCAGUUGAGACCUGCUUCGGUUCAUUCCACCGCUUUGCACAAUAUAUGAACUUCUCCCAUCCUCUGAUCAGGGAGAAAUUCAAUCCCAAGGCCUGUGCCUGGGCAUUUGGGAUGAAUAUCUUUGAUCUUGAUGCUUGGAGGCGUGAAAAGUGCACUGAGGAAUACCAUUAUUGGCAGAACUUGAAUGAGGAUCGGACUCUCUGGAUGUUGGGAACUCUUCCGCCUGGGCUGAUGACCUUCUACUCAACGACCAAAUCUUUGGAUAAAUCUUGGCAUGUGCUUGGUCUUGGGUUCAACCCGAGUAUUAGCAUGGAUGAGAUUAACAAUGCUGCUGUCAUCCAUUUCAAUGGGAACAUGAAACCUUGGCUGGACAUUGCCAUGAACCAAUACAAGCAUCUUUGGACUAAAUAUGUUGAUUCUGACAUGAUAUUUGUGCAAAUGUGCAAUUUUGGCAUGUAGAAAUGCAGGAUUACUGUCAGUGAGGCAUCUCCAAGCUCAAAUUAUAGUUACCGUUCAUAGGGCUAGCAUUUUUCCUAUUUGUUGUAAUUCUAGGAGCGAAGCUCCUGGCAUGUGUUUUUUUACAUCCCUCUAGCUGUUUCUUGUUUUCGCUCCCUCUCUCACCCCCUCCCCCCCCCUCUCCUCUCCUCUCUAGUUGAUGUAUUCUCCAAUUGAAUGCACACGCUUUUCUUGAGUAAAGAUUGAGUUGAGUGUUUAACAAGAUUGAGUUGAGCAAAGAUUGUAUUCUCCUAAAAGUAAUGCAGUUGGGAACUAGGUUUCAUUUGCUGCAGAAUGUGGAGUUAUAUGAAUCUAGUUCGGCCA